CACAUAUCCAUGGCGUUACAAUCCUCAAACUAUACCACCUUUUGCUCUUCUUUUGUUCUUUGCUUCCUUUGUCUUUCUUUUCUUUGGCCUUUUUUGGGGGGUUUGAGUUGCUUUACUGAUUUCCACUUAACUUUUUUGAUCAUGGGUGAGGCUGUGGAGAUCUGCUAUCCAAAUGGUUUCUCAAAAAUUUGCAAUGGAACAGCUAACCAAAAUCUUGAUGAAGAGAGUCACCAUUUUGAUUCUUGGUACGAAGAAACCAUUGAUGAAGAUCUCAAAUGGUCCUUUGCUUUGAAAAGUGUGCUGUAUAAAGGCGCAAGCGAAUACCAGGAUAUAGCUCUUUUGGACACUAAACGUUUCGGAAAGGUGUUGGUGAUUGAUGGAAAGAUGCAAAGUGCCGAAGUUGACGAGUUUAUCUAUCACGAGUGCUUAAUUCACCCGGCUCUUUUAUUUCACUCGAACCCUAAAACUGUGUUUAUAAUGGGAGGAGGGGAAGGGUCUGCUGCAAGGGAAGCACUCAGGCAUAAAUCAAUUGAAGAAGUUGUCAUGUGUGAUAUUGACCAGGAAGUGGUCAAUUUCUGCCGUAGAUUCCUGACUGUGAACCGAGAUGCAUUUUGCAACAAAAAGCUUAAUCUUGUUAUUAAUGAUGCUAAGGCUGAACUGGAGGGAAGGAAUGAGAAAUAUGAUAUCAUAGUUGGAGACUUGGCAGAUCCUGUUGAGGGCGGUCCUUGCUAUCAACUUUACACAAAAUCAUUCUAUGAGAAAAUUCUUAAGCCUAAGCUCAAUGAAAAUGGCAUUUUUGUUACUCAGGCUGGCCCAGCUGGCAUUUUCACUCACAAGGAGGUCUUCUCUUCCAUAUACAACACAAUCAGACAGGUUUUCAAGUAUGUGCUGGCAUACACAGCCCAUGUGCCAUCUUUUGCGGAUACCUGGGGAUGGGUUAUGGCCUCGGAUCAACCAUUCUCCAUUGGUGCUGAGGAAAUUGACAGGAGGAUAGCAGAAAGAGUCGAUGGUGAAUUACUCUACUUGAAUGGCGCUUCAUUCCUUUCCUCUGCUACCAUGAAUAAGACUGUCUAUUUGUCGCUGUUGAAUGAAACUCAUGUUUACACUGAGGAAGAUGCAAGAUUUAUACCUGGACAUGGGUUGGCUCAUCGUCUUUGAGGUUUCAGGCCUUGGUCUGGGUGAAGAAGUUGUAAAUAAAAAAAAGGGAAGGGUUGCAAUUAAAAGAUAGCAGCAAAACUUUGCUCGAAAGAAAUUAGUCAUCAAUCUUUGAAAGAACUUGGUUUUGAUGAAGACAUUUAUGUGUUGGCUUUGGGUUGUUUACAGUUUUCAUUUGAAUGAAGUGAUGCAUGAAAGCUUUAUCUAUAAAUCUAAUCAAUU